AACAAACACGCCAGCGCAACAGAGACUCGGGCAGAAGAGCCUGUAGUGCAACCGGCCAUUGAGCAGGUCCCAGAACCUUACGAGGAUGCUCAAGGCGUAGAUCUAGAAAAGGGCAACCAGAAGAACCCCGACCUAGAUCUUGUACACAUUCGGAGCCAUGCCUCUGCACACGACAUACCCCACAUACCAUAUCGUGAAUCUGGGGACGAAGUCUACGACAAAUUCAGCCAUUCAAAGAAAAUAUGUAUAGUAUCAGUUUUGGCUUUCUGUUCCUUUUUGGCUCCCAUGGCGUCGACUACAGUUCUUGCUGCCGUACCUGAGGUGGCAGCAACAUACAAUACCACUGGUACAAUUAUCAACGCCAGUAACGCAUUAUAUAUGCUGUUUAUGGGACUGUCACCGAUGUUCUGGGGCCCAAUAGGUCAGGUCUACGGAAGAAGAUGGACUCAGUUGCUGAGCGCCAUCUUCUUUACUGGCUUCUCUAUUGGCACUGCAUUGGCUCCCAACUUGGCUUCGUUCUUCAUCUUUCGCAUCUUGACCGCCUUCCAAGGCACUUCCUUCCUUAUCAUUGGUAGUUCUUGCAUUGGCGAUAUCUAUCGCCCAACAGAGCGUGCAACUGCAUUGAGUUGGUUCUUCUCGGGAACACUGAUUGGACCUGCCGUCUUCGCGACUGUACUAUGCUGCUUCUUCCUUCCAGAAACCAUUCACUACAAGAAGUCCGUCGAACUUGAAGGUCUCAAGAAGAGCGAAAAGGCGAAGAAGCUAUGGUCAUGGACCAACCCUCUGCGAGUCAUCAAGCUAUACCGAUACCCGAAUCUGCUGUUUGUUGGAUUGGCGUCAAGCAGUCUUGUGUUCAACAUGUACAGCUUGCUCACACCAAUCCGAUAUGUGAUUAAUCCUCGCUUCCACCUUACCUCGCCAAUCCAAUCGGGACUCUUCUAUAUUGCUCCUGGAUGUGGCUAUCUACUAGGUACAUUUUUCGGAGGCCGCUGGGCAGAUCGUACCGUACGCAAAUGGAUUGACAAGCGCAACGGUGAGCGCGUACCCGAGGACCGACUGCGAUCUUGUCUAGUCUUCAUGGGCGUCAUCAUCCCUGGAUGCAUGUUGAUCUACGGAUGGUCAAUCGAGAAGGAUAAGGGUGGCAUCCCUCUACCAGUCAUCGUCAUGUUCAUCCAGGGCGUGGCACAACUCUUCUGUUUCCCAUCACUCAACACGUACUGCUUGGAUGUGAUGCAGAAACGGUCUUCCGAAGUGGUUGCUGGAAACUACAUGUUACGUUAUCUGUUUGCUGCCACUGGAACAGCUGCAUGUUUACCUGCGGUGGAGGCGAUCGGAGUAGGAUGGUUCAGCACGAUCAGUGCAGCAUUCUUGAGUGUUUCAGCAGUGUUGACUUGGACGGUCACGGUCUGGGGUCGUGGUUGGAGAGAAGACAUACUUCGCAAGAAGGAAGAAAAGAAGGCACGAAAGCAGGAGAAGAGAAGCAGUACAUGA